AAAAACAUGGGGAGGUUAUAUUUAUUUGUGCAGUACAUAAACUCAAAAUUUAUGUAAAUUUUUGUGUUUUUCGCCAUAGUUUAAAAAAAAAAACGCGGCAAAUAUAACAUUUUUGUCUUCAAAAGACUGUGUACCAUUUCGCGUCGAUAUUCGGUUAAUAGACUGUUCGUAAAACAAAAAGAAAGUUUCAUCAACUUUUGUGUGAAGGAAUUUGAAAUAUUUCUUAGAAUAUUUCUGGUUUUUAAGAACCCUAUUGACUAGGAAGACCCGGCUGUCUAUCGCAUAACCAGGAGAUCCUUAUAACAUCACACAUAAAAAUGGUCCUUCGCAGUCGAAUUAAAGUGUAAAAUGCGUGUUUUGAAUGGAUGUCCUCGAUCCAGCCAGCCUGAAAUGUUAUGUGUCUCCUGUUGCUGCAGCAGCCGAACAGUUUGUAGCCGCUAAACAAGACUGGGAACGAUGCCGCGAAGGCGACUAGAAAUUUAUCAGAAAAGGAGGUUCACGUGAUGGGCAUGAGGCCAUGGGAGGGAACGCGCAUACUGGCGUUCCAGCGCAGCCUACUCGCACCUUUAGCUACCCCUUUUUAUAGAUUCCUGGCCAGAUUCUCAGGAAGGAGACGAACGACGAUUUCAUACCAUCAGAAGCCACCCUGGCAUUUUUUAGUCCUUCAUUUAGUAUUACUUAUAUCAUCUUUAGUUAGUAUAGUAGAAUCGUGUUCUUCACGGAGCACUCCCAAGCCAAGGCCACCGGCUCCAACCCCACGGCCAAACAUCACAUUCCUAACGUACCCCUGUCCUCCCGCGUAUGCUGCGUGGUUCUGCCUAAACGGCGCUACCUGUUUUACCGUGAAGAUCCAGAAUAGCUUGCUGUAUAACUGUAUGUGUGCGGAAGGCUAUCAAGGAUCCAGAUGCGAGUACAAAGAUUUAGAUGGCUCAUAUUUGCCGUCACAACGUCGUUUUAUGCUAGAAACCGCAUCGAUAGCGGGAGGCGCUACCAUCGCGGUGUUCUCUGCAGUAAUUCUCUGCCUCGCAGCUUACCUGAGAUGGCGAAGGCGAAGGAAAAAUCUUCAGAACGGUGAUCAAGUGGACGGAAUCCAGCCAUAUCCUAGGCAGCUUAUAUUUGGAGUGCGUCCUCAAGGUCAAAACCUAGUUCCGAUUCACAACAGAACACACAGUCCUCCUAGAGUGAUACCAGGGGGCAGCAGCAACCAAAUUCCAGGCGGCACAAAUCCUGUAAUCCACGAACCGAACCUUCUUAACCUUCCGCCGAUGGAAGAGGGCCAACAAAACGCGGCCACAGGAAUGCCACACGAUCGGGGGGACCAUCCGGCCACCCUGCUAAGGGGCGAAGCCCCCUGGGAAGUGUGAAAUGGACGAAUAAAAUUCGAUAAUUUUUAUGCGAGCAAGUAGAAGUGUGCGUACUGCCUCCUAAUUAGUGCAUUUAGUGAUGUUAUAAAACUAUUGUAGUUUAAAAAGAAAGUCUCCACCGCACUUUGUUAUAUGCAGCCGCUUUGCAAAUUAACAAAAAUUGUUUUAUCAAAAUAAAAUGUCAAUAAGUUGGCAGCUUAAUGAUUACCUCGUACCACCCCUAGUAUCGGGGACCUGUAUUAUCUUUUCUUUUGGUUUAAGAAAAACUACUGUGUAAAAAUGUUGGUUAACAUUGUAAGUUUUAUUGUUUAAUUUAUUAUUUAUAUUUCCUUCCAGUCCUUUCCAGUCCUUUUUAUUGUGUCUUUAUUUUUUUCUUUUUUCCCUAAAUGCUUUGGGAGCCAUAUCAUAAGUAUUCAUUAAUUUUAUAAUACUCUUAAACAUAACAAUAUUUUUUACCAUAUUGUGGAAACUAUUAAUUUUGUUGAUUAUAAGGCGAUACUUCUAAGAAAUUUCUAGAAGUACCAUCAAAUAAUUUUAUUUUUGUUUACACGUUUUAAUAUAUUUGUUAUAUAUUUCACUAUUUUACCGAAAAAUAAAAUAACAAAGAAAGCUCCUACCCUCCCUAUCCCAAUCCUUUCUUAAGUGUCUAGGAAGUCUGAUUAUUGUAAGGCUGAAAAAUUAGGUUAUAUGUGUAGAUAUGUACCUAAUUAUGAGGUGUUUUUUCAAAGAGAAUCGCCGUGGUGUGAUAUAUUUAUUUUUCGUGCAGCUGACUUUUUUUUGAAAAUGUUUUGGUCAAAAAUUACUUUUAAGGUUUGUUUUGGCCUAAAUAUUUUCUGUUUUGAAUACAUUCCCGGAUGUAAUUUCUUAUUUUGGAGACGGAAAAUAAAUAAAACCCUCGCUAUUUGUUAAAUCUGUAAAUUUUUUUGUAUUAAACACUUUUUCUAAUAUCAUGUGGUAAGCAGAUUUUUAAAACUUAAUAUCUGAAAAUCUGCCAUUGAUUGAGUAAAUUAUUUUGUAUGAUGUAUAAAUGUAAAUAUUCCUAUUAUAUCCGAGGGGGUCAGAAGAAUCUUUAAAUAUUAUUACUCUAGUAGUUUUUUCAAAAACUAUUAUCAAAAAAUGUAAAGGGUAUAGAUUUUCAUUUUUUGAUAUUUAUUUUUUAUGAAAAUUCGGGAAAGAAUGACAAUUUUUCUCAAAGGUUCUUCGGGCCAUCUCGUAUAAUAUGCCCGUAAGAUUAUUUUCAUUAUUGGCAAUAAACGAAGCAAAUAGUUAUUUUUUAAUAAUAAUAAUUACUUUAUGUAAGCAUUUGGUUCCUAAUAAAAAAUAUUUUAGUAUAUUAUCACUCCAUUAAUAAUACAUUACAUUAAGUAAUAAUUAUGAUUUUAAAAAAGUACACAAGGAACAAAAAAAUGUACCAGAAGUGCAAAUAUUCCUCAAUCUUGACCCUUAGAUAACUCUAGCGUUAACUAACCCUAGGGUCAAGAGUUGUAUUAUGUAUAUUGUGUUCGCUUAUGUUAUUUAUUUUGCUUUAUUCUCAAUGUGGGUAGUAAUUGUAUUUUUGGUAUGACAAGUCCCUCUAUUUGUAAAAUUUUUGUUCCCCCAAAACCAAAGCCAAGUUAAGUAUUUUAAAGCUGAGAUUAACUCCAAUUUUAUAGUCUCAGUUAUCCGCCCUUAUGUAGGUGACAAAGUAAGGUUUAUGCUACGGUUAGCCAAUGUUAGGCAUAUUUAGUCACGCUUAUUUGCUACAGCACUAUCCAAUAUUUAUUAUUCUGUAAAUACAUCACCAUCAAAUUUCAAACAAAUUUGUCGCCUACAGUAUUGUGCCGAGGAACAAAAUCCAUGUUCAAGUAUUCCCUAAUGUUAAUAUAUCCCUUUAUAUUAAUUUAGAUUUUUUUUAUAUCCGUGUAAGUUAUUAUACAUCUAUCAAAGAUGUAGUUUUUAACCGAACAAAAGCCUGCCCUCAAUAUUUUAUUAUGUAUUCCUAAAACGAUUUUGUAAAUAUUUUCCUUCCCUCGAAGAAAAAAAUGUUAGAAUAUUUGUUUAUUAUUUUCACAGUAAUUUGUAAUGUUUAAAAUAAAAACAUUAAACUUUAA